GCCGGAGUCGGCCCGCGGCGUCCAGCGGUGGUCCGGCUCGGCAUGGCUCCGUCCCCGACCGACGAGCCCCAGGAGACGCUCGUGCCCACCGCGCCCCAGGGCCACCCAAGGCCCCCGGACCCCGGGCCCCCGCUCAAGCCCACCCCGAAAAUCCGGGGCACCAACUACCCGCUGAGCGUCCUUUUCAUUGUCGUGAACGAGUUCUGUGAACGCUUCUCCUACUAUGGCAUGAAAGCCGUGCUCACCUUGUACUUCCUCCACUUCCUGGGCUGGAGUGAGGACACAUCCACAGCCGUGUACCACGCCUUCAGCAGCCUCUGCUACUUCACUCCCGUCCUUGGAGCCCUCCUGGCGGACUCCUGGCUGGGAAAAUUCAAGACGAUCAUCUACCUGUCUGUGGUGUAUGUGACCGGGCAUGUGGUCAAGGCCCUGGGCGCGGUGCCCCCCAUCGGUGGAGUCAUGGUCCACACGCUCCUCUCCAUGACCGGCCUCAUCCUCAUUGCCCUGGGCACCGGUGGCAUCAAACCCUGUGUGGCAGCUUUCGGGGGAGACCAGUUUGAGGAAGAGCACGUGAAGCAGAGGAGGCGUUUUUUCUCGGUGUUCUACCUCGCCAUUAAUGCCGGAAGCUUGCUUUCCACUUUUGUCACACCCAUGUUGAGAGGAGACGUGCGGUGCUUUGGGGGAGAUUGCUACGCCCUGGCCUUUGGCGUCCCAGGAGCCCUCAUGGUGGUGGCCCUAGUUGUGUUCAUCACCGGCAGCGGGAUGUACCGUCGGGCUCCACCCGAGGGGAACGUCCUUGUGAACGUCUGGAGGUGUGUCCAGUUUGCUCUCAGCAACCGGCUGAGGAAUCGUUCCAGCCAGAUUCCCAAGAGAGAGCACUGGCUGGAUUGGGCAGCUGAGAAGUACCCAAAGCAGCUGAUCAUGGAGGUGAAGGCGCUGAUGAGGAUGCUCGUCCUCUACAUCCCCUUGCCCAUGUUCUGGGCUCUGUUUGACCAGCAGGGCUCCCGCUGGACGCUGCAGGCUACCAGGAUGGAUGGCAACGUGGGUCUUAUGGUGCUUAAACCCGAUCAGAUGCAGAUGCUGAAUCCCCUCCUGAUUCUCCUCUUCAUCCCGCUUUUUGACCUGGGCCUCUACCCGCUGAUCCAGCUGUGUGGCAUCAAUUUCACGCCCAUCAGGAAGAUGGCGACAGGGAUGGUCCUGGCGGCUUUGGCCUUCGCGGCGGCAGCUGUUGUCGAGUUCAGAGUGGACGACCCCUCCAUGCCUCCCUUGGGCCCUCACGACAGCUACAUGCAAGUCCUGAACCUGGGGGACCAGGAGGUGCAGGUGAAACUACCACAGAAAGGGAAUGGGUCUCUGUUCCCUGAGCCCAUCGGGGCAUUCCAGAAAUCAUCGCACUACUACAAGCUGUGCAUGGAGGGUGAGCGCCAGAGUGUGCGUUUCGUACUGGAGUCCCACGGUGCCAUUGGCGACGAGCACCACAACGUCACGGGGAAGAGGUGGUACAGCCUGGCCGUUCACUCGGAUGGUGCUAACAUCUCCAGUUUCUUGAUGGAAGACCUGGACGUCAAACCGGCUAAUGGACUGGCAGCCGUGAGGUUCGUGAACACGCUGGAUACAGACGUCCACAUCUCCCUGGACAGCGGUGACACCCUCCGAGUUAGCGGGAACUACGGGGUCUCCGAGUACCAGACCGUGGAGAGAGGAGAGUACCAUGGCAUCCAGUGCUGGACCGCGGACACAUCGUUCUCCCUGGAUCUGGGUCUGCUGGACUUUGGAGCUGUCUACACAGCCGUCAUUGCCAAUAAUUCUGAGAAGGGCUUGUGGGCCUGGAAAGAGAACUCCAUCCCGGCCAACACCGUGUCCAUCCUGUGGCAGGUGCCGCAGUACGUGCUCAUCACUGCCGCCGAGGUCAUGUUCUCCGUCACUGGCCUAGAGUUCUCCUACUCCCAGGCUCCUGCCAGCAUGAAGUCAGUGUUGCAGGCUGCAUGGCUGCUCACGGUCGCAUUUGGGAACGUCAUUGUGCUUGUGGUGGCCCAGGUGGCCAGACUGGGGCAGUGGGCAGAAUUUGUCCUGUUCGCCUGCCUGCUGCUGAUCGUCUGCCUCAUCUUCUCAGUCAUGGGCUACCGUUUCAUCCCUUGGAACCAGGGGGCCUCGCCGGACCUCCCCAGCCAAGGAGAGGCCCUGGACCUAGUGGCUAGAAAGACCAAACUCUGAGCCCACUGGCCCUGCUCACAGCCCAGAGCCAGUGCCCCGUCCUCCCCGACCAUCUCCAUCACUGAGCUUCUGUCCACCCAGCCGUCUUCCUGGCCGUCAGGAUCGGCUCGGCUCGGCUGUGAUGCUGUGGAAGGAGGCAAUAAAGGACGUUGAGACCUGUGA